AUGGGCGAGAUCGGCAUUGCCUCUCCCAGCCUUAUGCGGGGGUACGUUGACUCUGCUAGCGAUGCCUUUCUCCCGCCUACAGACAAGGCGGACUGUGUGGUGGCCAACAGGCGAUCAACAGGCGAUAUCGGCCUCUUCCGCACCGCCCCUAGUGGCGAGAAUCAUGUUUUCAUUGUGGAUCGCAUCUGCGACAUGAUAAAGGUCAAGAGACACCUGAUCCAACACGCCGCCGUCGCAGAGACCGCCAUAAUCGGUAUCCCUGACGAAGUAGCUGGUGAGCGAGCUCUGGCCUUCGUGGUCCGGCAGCCGUCGUAUGCACCCGAUAUGAGCGAGGCUGAUGUGCGAAAAGUAAUCCGGGAUUACAACGAUCUGUAA